AAUACCAACUCUUGAACUGCUUUUCCCCUUGCUAGAACUCGCCGCUUCACCAAAUUUGCCACCCUUAUCUCUCUAUUUCUGCUGCACUAAAUCAAUGGCAACCAUCAUUAAAACGCCGCCGUUUCACGCUCCUCCGACACUUUUACCUUCCCCUUCCGCAAAAUCCACAAAAGCGUUUUGCCUUUCCUUCAGACAACAACAUAGAAGCACCACUGCUACCACUAGAGUCUUUUCUCGGACUGCUCAUCUCUGUUUCUCUGCUAUUCCCUCUCUCCGAUUAGUAAAGUUCGCCCCCUUAGCUUCAAGUGGUGAAACCGAAACCACCCAGACCGAGGAGGAGAUUGAAGAGCCUGAAGUCGUGGAUUCUUCAGAUGGUUCUGUUGGUGUUGAAGAUGCUACUGGUGUUGAUGACACUACUGUUGCAGAGGAAACACAUACAUCAGUCAUUAAUGAGUUGCUCCAAUCAUAUAAAGAAGCACUGACCAAUAAUGAUGAUUCUAGAGUUGCUGAGAUAGAAGAUUACUUAAAAUCCAUUGAUGGUGAGAAAGUCAAUCUUGAGAGCAAAGUGGCUCAGUUGUCUGAAGAAUUGUCUGUAGAGAAGGAUCGUAUUCUUAGGAUAAGUGCAGACUUUGACAAUUUUCGGAAGAGGACAGAGAGGGAACGCUCAUCCCUCGUAUCAAAUGCUCAAGGGGAAGUUGUUGAGAGAUUGUUACUAGUUUUGGAUAAUUUUGAGAGGGCUAAAACCCAAAUUAAAGUGGAAACGGAGGGAGAGGAAAAGAUAAACAACAGCUAUCAGAGCAUAUACAAGCAGCUGGUUGAAAUUCUUGGCUCAUUUGGUGUUGCUCCUGUGGAGACAAUUGGAAAGCCCUUUGAUCCAUUGCUGCAUGAAGCAAUCAUGCGUGAAGAUUCCUCAGAAUUUGAAGAAGGUAUAAUUAUUGGAGAAUUCCGCAAGGGUUUCAAACUUGGUGACAGGCUUUUACGUCCAUCAAUGGUGAAAGUAUCUGCUGGUCCAGGCCCUGCAAAGCUAGAUGUAGAACCACCCGGAGGGGAGGAUUCGAGUGAAAUCACGGAAAACAACACAGCAGAAGUUGAAGCAGAGUCAUCUUAAAGGAGAAAUACACAAACCAAUGUUCAGUUUUGUAAAAGCAGCUGUGGUUCAGUGUUUUCAGUUCAGUUUGUAGCAUAAAUUUCUUGGGGGAUUUUAAGACAUUCUUGCUUCUAUGGUUUCUUUCUUCCAUAGAGGAAUCCCAAAAAUGGCUUUAGAAUAUUAAUGUAGGCAUUUAUUGGAAGAUAUUUUUAUUUAUCAUAAAGUGUUUUUUUU